CAGGACACCAGGCACCACAACUAGUACUACACACAUUUUCACCAGCAAAAGCAUAUAUGUAAAAUACAACAAUACACACAUUCUCUUGAUAAACAUGAGGGCAGAAGGAUACACAAUACAACACUCACUAAGUUCAGAAGCAGCUGCAAUCGUAAAACAAGCUUUUGGCCUCGCUAAAAGGAGAGGUCAUGCUCAAGUCACACCUCUCCAUGUAGCGAGUGCCUUGAGCACAUCCUCCACUAGCCUUUUUCGGAAAGCUUGCCUCCAAAUCAACACUCACCCUCUACAAUGCCAGGCUCUCGAGCUUUGCUUCAACGUAGCCCUUAAUCGCCUCCCUAUUUCCCAAUCCAUUCCUAUCAUGUUGAGUCCAAAUCAAUCUAACAACCCGUCUCUCUCGAAUGCUUUGGUUGCUGCGUUCAAGCGCGCUCUAGCUCAUCAACGUCGUGGUUCUGUUGAAAACCAGCAGCAACCUGUUUUAGCUCUUAGAGUGGAGAUAGAACAGUUGAUUAUGUCCAUACUAGAUGACCCUAGUGUGUGUCGGGUAAUGAGAGGAGCUGGAUUCUCUAGUACCCAGAUCAAAAAUAGGAUUGAACAAAUGGUCUCAUUGGAGAUAUCUUCCCAGACAAAAGAAAAUAUCAAGCCCAUAUUACAAGAUUUCCAAAUUAGUUUUGGUAAUAAACAAAAAUUCUCACCAAGAGUACGAGAUGAAGAUGUGAUGAGUGUUAUCGAUACAAUGAUGGAAAGGAGAAAGAAAAGUAUUGUUGUUAUUAGGGAGUGUCUGGUUAGUGCUGAUGACAUAGUUAGAGGAGUUAUAGACAUAUUUGAAAGAGGAAACAUCAUGGUUUUUUCUGGAAAUUUGAAGUUUGUGCAGUUUGUAAGUCUUCCAUUACAUGCGUUAAGCAAUCAUUCGAGGGAAGAGAUUGAAGACAAGGUUAAGGAGCUUUGUUGUCUACUAAAAAGCCAUGUGGAGAGAGGAGUGAUCCUAUAUCUUGGUGAUCUAAAGUGGGUCUCUGAUUAUUGGUCAAAGUACAGUGAGCAAAGGUUGAGAACCUACUACUACUCUCCAAUGGAGCACAUGAUCAUGGAACUUAGCAGGCUGAUGUUUGGUUAUGGGGAUAGUGGGAAGUUCUGGCUAAUGGGGAUAGCCAAUUCCGAAACAUACUUGAGUUGUAAAUCUGGUCGACCUUCGCUUGAGACAUUAUGGGAUCUUUUUCCUCAUACAACUCCUGUUGGUGGCCUGGAUCUCACCCUCAAUCUUGAUAGCAAAGAUUCCCCAAAUGAGACGAAACAACUCGCUUGCUGUGGUGAAUGUUCAAUCAACUUCACAAGAGAAGCACAAAGCAUAUCCAAGUAUUCCCAAAACAAUGAGUCUAUCACUACUAAUAAAACCUCCACUUUACCAUUAUGGCUCCAACAAUGCAAGGAAAAGAACUCCAGGCAAAUCACUAUCAAUGAUCAGGAAUGUGAUAGAGUUGGAAGACUUCACAAGAAAUGGAGCUCAAUUUGCUGUUCACUUCACAAGCAGCCCCAUUUUCUUGACAAAACAUUCCAUCUUUGUUCUCCCUCCACCAAAUUGUCAGCAAGCUCGCAUAAACACCAUCACAAGUCUCCAAUAUUAGCUGACCCCAAAAAUAUCCCAAAAGAGCACCAGUUUUUCACAUUUCAAAUGGAUUGCGACGAUGGUUUUGACGACCAUAAUUUAAGACAAACCAGUGCUGUAAAACCCAACCUCCUGUCCCACCUAAAUUCUAGUCCAAAUUCGGCUUCUUGUAGUGAGGUUAAAGAUGCUGAUGAAUGCUUCAUGCACAAGUUCAAAGAGGUCAACUCUAAGAACAUAAGGAUUCUAACCAAUGCAUUGGAGAAAAAGGUUCCUAGGCAACGAACGAUUAUUCCAGAAAUUGUGAGUACCGUUCUUCAAUGCAGGUCUGGCUUAACCAAAAGGAAAGGCAAAGAAGAUACAUGGUUAUUUUUCUUAGGUUCUGACAUCCAAGGAAAAGAGAUGAUAUCAAGAGAGCUAGCAACAGUUGUGUUUGGAUCAACAAACAACUUCAUCCCUAUUGGUCUUAGCUGCUUCUCGUCAACAAAAUACUACUCCAUGGUUGAUGGUCAAGAGUUAAUUAGUUGUAAAAGGGAAAGAGAUGAACAUGGUCAGAGUUAUAUAGAAAAUUUCGCUGCAGCGGUAGAAGAAAACGCUAGUCGUGUUUUCUUCUUGGAAGAAGUGGACCAAGUUGAUUAUCAAUCUCAAAUGGGUAUCAAAAAAGCAAUUGAAAGUGGGAGAAUCACAAAGGAUUGUGGCAAAUCAAUUCAUCUAAAGGACGCCAUUGUCAUUCUUAAUUGUGAAAGCUUCACAUCAUUUUCAAUAGCAAUGUCUCCUAUAAGGCGAUCACACAGCGAAAGACAAUUUGGCAUGUUCGAUUUAAACAGGCAUGCUCAAGAUACUGGUAUUUUCAAUUCGGUGGAUAAGCAAGUUAAGUUCAAUAUCUAAUGCAUCUGAAGAGAACAGCAAAGUUGGAUCAUGCAAGGAGGAUAGUUCAUUACUCUUUUUUUCUCAGUUUUUGGUCUUUUUUUUGUGUGUCAUGGGUAUGGGUAAAAAUGUAACAUAAGGUAUACUUUGAGAUAAUCUUAGUUUCAGAUAUCUUGCAUGAA